AUGGCGGAUGAGAAAGGUCACGGGAAGAAGCGCCCGGCCGAAGCUGACCCCGAUGGCGCGCAACCGUUAACGAAGAGAUUUGGACACCUGCGAAUAGAUAAUAGCGCGCCAAUCUCCGCUCGGGCCAAACCCAAGGGGCAUAUUCAUCCUAUCCAACCUAUCCAGCCUAUCCAACAUGUCCAACAUGACCACAUUGACCAUCACCAACAUAAUCAACAAAACCAGCAUAAUCAACAUAAUCAAGAGCUUUCUUCCAAUGAUGCAAUGAUCUUGGAUGAUACCAAGCAUACGAUCUACAUUCACAACCUGGAUCAAGAAUUAAUGGAAGCUGAUUCUCCUGGUUUGGUGUUUUUACCAUUUGCAGAGAAAGUGCUCUCAGUCCCUCAAUCCGUUCUAUCCGAUUCGAACCCCUCGGGCAAAGAACUCGUUCUUUAUACGGAACCAUCUUCCCUCACGGUUCCCAAGGAAAAAGAUAAUGUUCGAAGAGCAAUUCUUGAAUCUCGAGCACGAGCUAGAGAGAACAAGGUUACGGAAGAUUUAUAUGAUGAUCCAAUGGAUAUUGAUUGA